AUGUUCGCUUCGACGUCACAAAGAAAUGAUGAUGGUUUGCGGGCGUCUUACAAUAUCUCGUUACUUAUAGCAAAAUCCGGAAAACCGCAUACUAUCGGAGAGAAAAUUCCCUUAAGCAACAAUACUGUUGAAAGACGUAUUGAUGAAAUGAGUUCUGAUAUUGAAAGCUUCUUAUGUAAUUAUUUGCAAACGACCCAUUUCUCUAUACAACUGGACGAGUCAACUUUACCUGAUAGUGCAGCAUUAUUAUUGGCAUAUAUUCGUUUUAUUAUGAAUCAAGAAAUCUACGAAGAACUGCUCUUCGCAAGAACUUUGAUAACCGACACUAAAGACUUCAUUGAAAAAGCAAUUCCUUUAUCAAAUAUAAUAUCAGUAGCUACAGAUGCAGCACCUGCCAUGGUUGGACGUUAUCGUGGAUUUAUAAGCUAUUUAAAACAAAAUGUGGGUGUUAGCAAUAAUUGCGUCAUCUAUCUACAACAUUUAGUUGCUAAAAAUUUGAGUGUUAGAUUGCAUGAAUCACUUCAUUUAGUCAUUGAUGCAGUAAACCGAAUCCGAAGCAACGCGUUGAAUACGCGGUUAUUUGCGCAGUUGUGUGAAGAAAAUGACGAACACUUUCAUCAAUUACUCCUUCACACUGAAGUACGCUGGCUGUCGAAAGGCUCAUGUUUGACAAGAUUUUUUGCACUUUUUGAGACUAUUUUAGAAUUUCUGGAUACUAAAGAUAAAAUUUUAAAAGAAAAUUUAAUGAAGAGGAAAGCAUACAUCGCCUAUUUAACAGAUUUGUUUACAAAAUUUCAUAUGGUUAAUUUGCAAUUACAAGGCGACAGUUUAAAUUUGAUUAAAACAAAGUCCAUCUUAUCAGCGUGCCUUGCCAGAGUUAAACUAAUGAAGCAAAAUAUUGGACGGGGCGAAUUUUCUCAGUUCCUCAAUUUGUCACAGACAAGCUGCCAGGAAGACGACGAUUCAACUUACGUUCAACAUUUAAAUGCCCUCUAA